AUGCCGUCGUGGACAAGAGUAUCCUGGAUAGUGGUGGCUGUUGCAGUUGUGGUUGGAGUGGUGGUGGGCACCGUCACAUGGGCGAUCAUAGGAAGGGGUCCGUCACCACCAGAGCUGAGAAAUUUGGACUGGUGGGAGAACACGGUUAUAUAUCAAAUCUAUCCGCGUUCGUUCAAAGACACAAAUGGCGACGGAAUCGGAGACUUAAGAGGCAUUACCAGUGAGUUGGAACACUUCGUGGAUGCCGGUGUUGGUGCGAUAUGGAUGUCACCGAUCUUCUCCUCGCCAAUGAUCGACUUUGGUUACGACAUCAGCGAUUUCUACGACAUUCAUUAUGAAUACGGAACCAUGGCUGACUUUGAAGAGCUUGUUUCACGUGCGCAUGAACUCGGUAUCAAGGUUCUUUUGGACUACGUACCAAACCACGCCAGUACCGAAUCAGACUACUUCAAGCGGUCGGUGGCCAGGGAGCCUGGGUACGAAAACUAUUUCGUGUGGGCAGAUCCAGUGAUUGAUUCACAGAAUAACAGUCGUGUUCCAUCUAAUUGGAUAAGCCAAUUCGGAGGCAGCGUGUGGGAAUGGAAUGAAAUACGCCAACAGUACUACCUACAUCAAUUUGCGGUCGAGCAAGCCGACUUUAAUUUCCGCGAGCCCGCAGUACGACAAGAGAUGCUGAACAUAAUGAGAUUCUGGAUAGAAAAAGGAGCGGACGGGUUCCGCCUUGAUGCCAUACCCCAUCUGUUUGAAGCUAAUCCAAACGACCAUGGCGGCGUGUACCCAGAUGAACCAUUAACUGGUAACAUGUUUCUGACUAGUGAUCAGCCUGGGUACACUACUCAAGAGCAUGUUAGAGAUCUCAUAGAGCUCUACGAUGUUGUGUAUGAAUGGAGAGAUUUCGUUGACAGAUGGCAGGAAGAUAACCAAGCGGAAACUAAAGUUCUUUUAGCUGAAGCGUACGCCAACAUUACAAUGACUAUGUUGUAUUACGGCAACGAACGCGGUCGCAUUGGGGCACAUUUUCCCUUUAAUUUUGACUUUAUCACCAGCCUCUCUGCUAAAUCAAACGCUCGAGACUUUGUGUACGUUAUAAACCGAUGGCUGACCUACAUGCCGCGAGGACAAGUUGCUAACUGGGUGUUUGGUAACCACGACAAUAACAGAAUGCCGUCAAGAUUCAGGACCAAUAUGGUUGAUGGUCUCAACGGCUUGAACAUGAUGCUGCCCGGUGUAGCGAUAACAUAUCAAGGAGAGGAAAUCGGAAUGAGGGACGGUUACGUCAGUUGGGAGGAUACCGUUGAUGUGUCCGCGUGCAAUCAAGGCAACCCGGACAACUAUUUAGAAUAUUCGAGGGAUCCGGCUAGGACUCCGUACCAUUGGAACAACUCGACCAGCGCUGGCUUCUCUACUAGUCAAUCAACAUGGUUGCCGGUGGCAGAAGAUUAUAGAGAGAUAAAUCUGCAAGCGCAAAAGGAAGCCGAACGAAGUCAUUUUAAGGUGUACCAAUCUCUUACAAGACUUCGUAAGGAACCAGCUGUGUCUCACGGUGAUCAUCACAUUCAAGCGCUAUCAAAGAACACACUUGUCUUAGUGCGUCACAUAAUCACUUAUGACACAUUCGCUCUGGUGUUUAAUGUAGGCACCGAAACAGAUACAGUUGAUUUAUCCACGAUCACUCUUCUAGCGGAACCAAUGACAGUAUACGCUUCAAGUAUAUUUUCGAGGAGAGUUCCUGGAGACACAGUACCACUUGGCGAGGUGACAUUGCAACCGGGCGAGGCUCUAGUAUUACAAGCUCCUCCGACAUAG